GUUGAAAUGUCAAUGAAAAUAUCAACGAAGUGUUAUUAUUAUUGUUACGUUAAACAGCUGAAAUGUAAAACGAUAAUUAAUAAAAUAAACGAAGAUUGUGAUUGAUUAGAAUUCAAUCGUGAAAGAGAAAAAUUCGAGAGGACAAUGAAGAAUCGCCGUGGUGAGGGUGUUUGAGGAAAAAAAUUUUCGAAGCGGAAAGCACGAUGCCACCACGCUCGCGACCGGAAACAUUCGAACUGAUGGUCGAAGCCGAGAAGCCAUCCAAGUGUAUCAGAUUUCUACGUUUUCUACGUUUCCUGUGGAAGUUCUUCAGAUGCGUUUUUUCCCACGUAUCGUUGAUCUCAUUGGUUGUACUAUAUUGCUUGAUCGGCGCAUACGCUUUUGAAGCUCUUGAAGCCGCUCACGAAAAAGAGAUCAAGAAAAGCAUUAAAGAUGUCAGAGAGAACGUUGCAGAACAACUAUGGAAGAUUACGAAAGAAGUGGAGGUUCUGAUUCGUGAAAAUUGGACGGACAGAGCACUGCGCGAAUUAAAGAGCUUCGAGAAUAACCUCGUGUGGAUGAUGGAGAAAGAAGGUUGGGAUGGGAGUGAAGGUGAAGAUGACAUCCAAUGGACAUUUGCUGGUGCUUUAUUUUAUUCCAUAGUGGUCAUUACUACCAUUGGGUACGGUCACAUUGCACCGAAGACUAAGAACGGGAAAGUGGUAACCAUAUUCUAUGCCAUCGUCGGAAUUCCUCUCAUGCUACUCUGCCUCUCGAAUAUAGGCGAUAUUAUGGCCUCGAGUUUCAGAUUUUUAUACUGGAGGAUUUGUUGCUACAUAUGCACCAAACCACCAAAAAAAAGACGACCGAGAAGCCAUUUUGUUAGAUCGUAUUCCAUGCGACAACCAGGACGAUAUGGUGGAAGCAAAGGUAGUUUUCGAAGACCCAUCAGGGUAAGCCAGAUGUCAGUAGAUUCGGUUUUGUCUGAAAGUCUAGGAAGAUCAUCGUAUUUUGACAUGGAUUAUAAAUAUAAUCCUCGUCGAUACGAGGCUGGAGAAGAGAGAAGAACGAGUUCUUCUUAUCAAUUAUCUGGAAAUCCAAAUUUUGGAUUUAAAUCGGCAACAGUGUCCAGAUACUCUGAUUUUCCAAUAGCGAAAUCGAACAAAGCCAGUUCCAAGAUGACAACGCAAUCAUUAGACAGGAAGUUGUUGAUGCGUUCAUCACAUGACAUUGAUCGUUCCUCGGUUUUGUGUAAUAAGUACGCCUUGGAUAAUUUGGAGAACGAAUUGCGACGGUGGCCAACUUCCGCCGGAAACACAAGCGAUACGAGCAAAUCAAAAGAGGAGCCAGAGGCGACAGAAACUCGUGAAAAUAGUGAGAAACAAGAGCCAUUAGUGACGAGGUCGUUGCCCAGAAGAUGUUUAUCGAUGGAUGGUGCGACUAGCAACUACAGAAUGAGUCUGCCAUCCUCUUUACGGCCAUCAUCUAUUUAUUUGGAUUUAGAGAACUCGAGAAAGACUCAAGUUCCAAAAACCAGACGUUAUAGAAACAACUACCCUAUUGCUCGAUCGUACAGAAGGGACACAUUGCCAUCCGAUAUAAUGUCCUCAGCUGGAUUUCCUGUACAUAGACAAGUAUACGUAGACGAUUUUGAUUCGGAUUACGAAUAUUAUACUAACGAUGAUCAGGAAAGACAGCAAAUAAAACCAGUACCAAUAUGGUUAUGCGUUUUCCUGGUGGUUAGUUACAUUUUUGGUGGCGCCUUCUUGUUUAGCGCUUGGGAACAUUGGCCAUUCCUCGAUUCUGCAUAUUUUUGCUUUAUUACACUUACCACUAUAGGAUUCGGCGACUUUGUACCAGCAUACAAACUGGACGCCCAUAAAGGAAUUGCAGUUUGCUCGUUGUACUUAUUAUUUGGAAUUGCUUUGCUGGCGAUGAGCUUUAAUCUGGUGCAAGAGGAGGUCAUCAACAACGUGAAGAACGUCGCAAAGAGGCUCGGGAUCAUCAAAGAGAGUGACGACGAGGAAGAUGCCGACGACUACGACGCGUACGACGUCGAAUACAACGAUGAGGUCGACAACGAACUCGAGGGUUACAUUCUCGAUGCCCCUCGAUCUCACUCGAUGGCUAGAAACGUUCGCGGAAUUUCCGUCGUGUAACCAACUCUGACCGAAUUUCUUUUC